CUGGGUGGAACUCCCUUGGCAAUGUUAACAGCUCAAUACAAUAAAAUAAACAGUAAGAGUCCUCAGCCUCUACUAGAUACCAAUUUACCCAAAGGUUUCCAUCCGUGGAAAAAAGAACCUGGAACAUCGCCUGGAGCCAUUGGUCUGACGUCACAGAAAACUAAUUAUUUAUCUUAUGGUCGUACUUCAAAUACUACUGUAGCCUCCAGCAACACGCUAAAUAAUGAUCUCUUCUACUCAAACAGCUCAGCAAAUUACCCCCCUUCAGAAGGUUCACCGACAUCUCUAUCUCAGAAGUUACCCACACCGCCAAGUGAGGGCACCAUCAGUUCCCCGGGGCUAGGUUCGGUUUAUACAAGGAUGCACGGAUUGGCUGGGCAUCCUUACGACACCUGGCCGUUUAGUGGUAGUCAUACAUCUGGGAUAAAGAGCGAAGUAAACACUCUCAAUGGAACCUCGGCAUGGUGGGAUGUUACCAAUGAUUUCGUCAGGUCACAAAUAACCACCAACUAUCCAUCCACUGAAUAUUCAUUGAGCCACGCCCUGGGUUCAAAUCCUAAUAAUAUUUAUUCUUCUGGUCAACAUCUUUUACAAGACACAUACAAUACAUACAAAUCGAUGUUAACGAACCAAACGGAACUUUCUCCAAACACAGUUAGUCCAUUUCUAACCAGGCCAGGAAUGCCGACCAUCUCCACUUCUCGAACUCAACGACGAUACCCAGGUCGAUCAAACUGUAACUGUCCCAACUGCCAUGAAGCAGAUAGACUAGGCCCGGCGGGAGAACAUCUUCGUAAACGAAAUAUCCACAGUUGUCACAUCGCAGGCUGUGGAAAGGUGUAUAACAAAUCAUCACAUUUAAAAGCUCAUUUACGAUGGCAUACAGGAGAACGACCGUUCGUCUGCAACUGGUUGUUCUGUGGUAAAAGGUUCACUCGCUCAGAUGAACUGCAGAGACAUUUACGAACACACACCGGAGAGAAACGAUUUGCCUGUCCAGUCUGCAACAAAAAAUUCAUGCGUAGCGACCAUUUGGCAAAACAUACGAAAACGCACACAGAAGGCGGAAAAGACGGAGAGGAAUGUGGCAGCGAUUCGGAAAACGGACAAUUGUCGGAAGAAAGGAAACUGGCUAACAUUGACAGUAGAAAACUUCUGUAA